AUGAUGCAAUCAGCAACCGCCGGCAGUGUUCGUGCUCCACACGCGGCAGCUGCACGGGCAGAAUGGGCGCGGCUGCAGAAGACGCUUGCAGCACAAGACGCCGUCUCGAUUACAGGAAGUGAUUUGUCGAUCGCUGACGUCGUUGCCGUUUCCUUGCACGGGGCAACACCCAAACUCACCAACGAUGCAACCAUCCUCCAGAAUGUCGCCGAUAGCGUCGAUUGGCUCAAGCGCCAGCUUGACGACCGUCAGGUCAUCUACGGCGUCAAUACCGGCUUCGGCGGCAGCGCAGACACCCGCACCGCAGACUUUGAACGCCUCCAGAGCGCUGCUGUCCAGCACCUCAAUGUUGGAAUCCUGCUGCAGAGCGACAAGCGCAGCAAGGGCCGGGAAGAUGGGCGGCCAGACCCUCGCAGACGGUCCAAUGAGUUGCUUCGAAGUCACGCCCUGCCCGGCCCCAUUGUGCGAGCCGCUAUGCUCAUCCGCUGCAACUCGCUCUUGCGCGGCCACUCGGGUGUGCGCAUCAGUGUCAUACAGUCAAUCAUGCAGCUCUUGGCCCGGGACAUGACACCCGUGGUGCCGCUGAGGGGGAGCAUCUCUGCCUCGGGUGACUUGUCUACCCUGUCGUAUGUGGCAGGUGCUAUCGAGGGAAACCCGGACAUUUUCGUCAAAUUUCGCGGCGAGCAGGCUAAGAGCAUGACUCUCCCAGCUAACGAAACACUGAAGCUGGCCGGCCUGGAGCCCGUCCGUCUGCAGGCCAAAGAAGGCCUCGGGAUCACCAAUGGAACGGCCCCAAGCUGCGCGGCAGCGGCCAUUGUCAUGCACCAGGCAAACCAGCUCGCCAUUCUGGUGCAGCUCCUCACGGCAAUGGGCACUGAAGCGCUCGCUGGUACCGCCCACAAUUACCACCCGUUCAUCUCGUCGGUGCGACCACACGAUGGCCAGACCGAGGCCGCAGCGAACAUUUUGAGUUUUCUUGCCGGGUCCAAGAUCUCGCCAGAUCGCGAGCCCGAGCGUGUCGGGCUGGCCCAAGACCGCUACGCUCUUAGGACGGCGCCGCAGUGGAUUGGCCCCCAGCUCGAGGAUCUGGCGUUAGCGACGCGCCAGGUGUCGACGGAGCUCAACUCGACGACGGACAACCCCCUGAUCGACGCAGCCACGGGCCAAGUUCACCACGGCGGCAACUUCCAGGCCAUGGCCAUUACGUCGGCCAUGGAGAAGACCAUGACGGCACUGCAGAACCUGGGCCGGCUGAUUUUCGCCCAGAGCUCCGAGCUCAUCAACAACCAGACUAACAAGGGCCUGCCGCCCAACCUGAGUGCCGAUGACCCUAGCGACUCGUUCACCUUCAAGGGCUUCGACGUUAAUAUGGCGGCCUACAUGUCUGAGCUGGCAUAUCUAGCUCACCCCAUGAGCACCCACGUCCAGGUCGCCGAGAUGACCAAUCAGUCGGUCAACUCGAUGGCGCUCGCCACGGCGCGCUACGCCCUCGAGGCCCUGGAGGUCCUUUCGCUCAUGGCGGCGACAUACAUCUACACGCUGUGCCAGGCGCUCGACCUGCGGUGCAUGCAGCUCGAGUUCCGCGCGCGCGUGCGAGAGCCGCUCCUCGAGACAGCGCGCACCUGGCUUGAUCCCGAAAGUCGCCAGAUUGGCAACGCCGAUUACAACUUCGACGCGUUCGACGAGCGCGUGGGGAACCAAGCCAUCGACUCCAUACUGCAGCGCUGGGACCAGCUGUCGCAUCUCGACCUGGCCGAGCGGUGCGGGGCCGCGGUCAAUGACUCCUUCGGCGCCAUUCUUCUGAAACUUAUAAACUGGGGAACGGGCGAGGAAAGCAUUAGCCACAAAUUCAUAGGAAAGUUCAUGGAACGGGCGUCGUCAAUUUUGUUCAGCGAAUUCUUGGAAAUACGUGCGCAUUUCCUCGAUCAAGACGCGCCAGACACCACCACGCACCGCUAUAUCAGCCCCGCCUCACGCGUCGUCUACGAUUUCGUCCGCCGCGACCUCGCCGUGCCACUCAACCGCGGCGUCGACGACCAUCCGCCGCUACUACUACGCAGGGCUCAGAACGAGAUGCUAUUCAAGAAUGCCGCGGCCGCGGCCGGGGUGAAUUAUGCCGGUCCGGAUCAGCACCAGCAGCGCCUUGCGUCCCACGGCCGCAUCCUCGGCUCUAUGGCCGGCGAUAUCUACGAGGCGCUGCGCGCGGGCGAGCUGCAUGCGCGCGUCAUGGCAUUUGCCGAGACGGCGGGGAUGUGGCAUUGA